AUGCCAAUCUUCUCUCUUCUCUUGUUCUUCCUCUUUCUCACCAAUGCUAACUCUGAGUCUCAGUCUAAGCUGUAUGAUCAAGAACAUGCAGUCCUAAUGAAGAUAAAGCAAUACCUGCAAAACCCAUCAUUCCUUAGUCACUGGACCCCAUCAAAAUCUUCACAUUGCUCUUGGCCAGAGAUCACCUGCACCAAUGGAUCUAUCACUGCACUGGCUAUGAUCAACACCAACAUCACUCAAACAUUACCACCUUUCCUAUGUGACCUCACAAAUCUCACACAUGUUGAUUUCAACUUUAAUUUCAUUCCUGGGGAGUUCCCAACAUCUCUCUACAAUUGUUCCAAGUUGGAGUACCUUGACCUCUCACAGAACUGCUUUGUUGGUAAGAUUCCUGAUGACAUUGACAGCUUGGCUAGCCUGCGUUUUCUUAGCCUUGGUGGCAACAACUUUUCUGGUGAUAUUCCAGCAAGCAUUGGUAGGUUGAAGGAGCUAACAAGUCUUCAACUUUAUCAGUGUCCUUUCAAUGGUACUUUCCCUGCUAAUAUUGGCAAUUUGUCCAACCUUGAAACCUUUUAUAUGUUCUCAAACAGCAUGCUCCCUCCAACAAAGUUGCCAUCAAGCUUGACCCAAUUGAACAAAUUGAAGGUCUUUCAUAUGUAUGACUCCAACUUGGUUGGGGAAAUCCCUGAAAGCAUUGGAGAAAUGGUAGCAUUAGAGGAAUUGGAUUUAUCAGGAAAUGGUUUAAGUGGACAAAUUCCCAACAGUUUGUUCACACUGAAAAACCUGAACAUACUUUUUCUUUACAAAAACAGCCUUUCUGAGGAGAUACCUGGAGUGGUUGAAGCAUUCAACUUAACAAGCCUCGAUCUUUCAGAGAAUAAUCUCACUGGGAAAAUACCAGAUGACUUGGGAAAGCUCAAAAAGUUAACUUACUUGAGUUUGUCUAUGAAUCAAUUAUCAGGAGAGGUACCAGAAAGCAUGGGUAGUCUACCAGCUCUUACUGAUUUUGUUGUUUUUCAAAACAAUUUAUCAGGUACUCUUCCUCUAGACUUUGGUCGGUUCUCAAAGCUUGAAACGUUUCAGGUUGCAUCUAAUAGUUUCACAGGAAGGCUGCCAGAGAACUUGUGCUAUUAUGGAGGUUUAAUUGGUUUAACUGCUUAUGACAAUAACUUGAGUGGGGAGUUGCCAGAAUCACUAGGAAGAUGCAGUAGCCUGCAAUAUCUGAGAGUUGAAAACAAUGAGUUUUCUGGCAACAUUCCUAGUGGUCUAUGGACAUCUAUGAACUUGACAGCAUUUAAGAUAAAUCAGAACAAGUUCAUUGGUGAGCUUCCUGAAAGAUUGUCUUGGAAUAUUUCAUUCUUGGCCAUAAGCUACAAUCAAUUUUCUGGAAGAAUUCCAGAUGGAGUGGCUUCCUGGAAGAAUGUGGUGGUGUUCAAUGCCAGUAACAACCACUUCAAUGGAAGCAUUCCACUGGAGCUAACAUCUCUUCCCCAGCUAACAACUCUUCUGCUUGAUCAGAACCAGCUCACUGGGCCACUUCCAUCAGAUAUAAUAUCAUGGAAGUCCCUAAUAACUCUAAAUUUGAGCCACAAUCAACUCUCUGGAGAAAUCCCUGAUGCAAUUGGUCGGUUAGCUGCUCUUAAUAUAUUAGACUUGUCAGAUAACAAAAUCUCUGGCCAAAUUCCACCUCAACUAGCCCUUAAAAGACCCACCAAUCUCAAUCUUUCAUUCAAUCAUUUGUCAGGGAAGAUUCCAAGUGAAUUAGAAAACCUUGUGUAUGCCAGCAGCUUUUUGAACAAUUCUGGUCUCUGUGCUGAUACCCCAGUAUUAAACCUUACCUUGUGCAAUUCUGUCCCUCAAAAAUCAAGCAAGGUUUCAUCAUCUUGGUCUCCUGCUAUGAUCAUAAGCGCCGUGGUAGUAGCUUCCUUGCUGGCUUUAUUGUCGUCACUCUUGAUGAUCAGAGUUUACAGAAAAAGAAAGCAAGAAAUGAAGAAGUCAUGGAAGCUCACUUCUUUUCAGAGGCUGAGUUUCACAAAAUCAAGCAUUGUGUCCUCAAUGUCAGAACAUAAUAUUAUUGGCAGUGGUGGAUAUGGUGCAGUAUACCGUGUUGCUGUUGAUGGUGGAUUAGGCUAUGUCGCCGUGAAAAAGAUAUGGAGUAGCAGAAAGUUAGAGCAGAAGCUUGUGGAUUCAUUUCUUGCAGAAGUUGAGAUACUGAGCAAUAUUCGUCAUAACAACAUUGUAAAGUUGCUAUGCUGUAUCUCCGGUCAGGAUUCUCUGCUCCUUGUCUAUGAGUAUCUGGAAAACCAUAGCCUUGAUAGAUGGCUGCACAAGAAAAGUAAGCCAUCAGCUAUGUCAGGUUCAGCCCAUCAUAACCUCCUUGAUUGGCCUAAGAGAUUGCAUAUAGCCAUUGGAGCUGCUCAAGGUUUAUGUUACAUGCAUCAUGAUUGUUCACCACCUGUUGUUCAUCGAGAUGUGAAAACAAGUAACAUUCUCUUGGAUUCUCAAUUCAAUGCAAAAGUUGCUGAUUUUGGUCUGGCCAGGAUGUUGAUCAAGCCAGAAGAACUUGCUACCAUGUCAGCUGUGGCUGGCACAUUUGGCUAUAUUGCUCCAGAAUAUGCUCAAACAACAAGAGUCAAUGAGAAGAUAGAUGUCUAUAGCUUUGGAGUUAUCCUAUUGGAAUUGACAACUGGAAAAGAAGCUAAUCAUGGAGAUGAAUACUCGUCUCUUGCAGAAUGGGCGUGGCGCCACAUUGAAGUAGGAAGCGAUAUAGAAGAUGUUCUGGAUGAAGAAAUUAAGGAACCAUGUUACUUGGAUGAAAUGUGCAGCAUCUUCAAACUUGGGGUUAUUUGCACCACAACACUGCCAGCUAGUAGACCUUCCAUGAAGGAAGUCCUGAAAAUAUUGCUCAGCUGCAACGAUCCACUUGCAAAUGGAGAGAAGAUUGUUGGUUUUUAUGAUGCUGUUCCACUUCUUAAGAAUUCAAAAUGGGACAAGUAGGUAGAACAUUGAUGAUGAUAGCUAGGUAGUUUGUAUCCUAGUUUGUGUAUCCUAUCUGAUAAUAAUGCAGAAAGGUGACAACCGAACUGAAGGGCUAAGUCUUGAAUUCAGAAUUGGAGACAAUGAAACUCAUAGUAUAGCUACCGUCUAACUACAUAGAGGAGAACAUAAGCCAGCUCAGAUAAGCUGUAGUUGCGAGUAGAGGAUUACAAGUAGUAGAAAUGCUUUGCAAUUUGCAAUUAAGUUCAGUAUUAUUGAAGAAAUAAUGGCCUUUUAUUUGGGUUGUAAAAGAUUUUGGGAUUUUCUUUCCAUAGUCUCCCAAAUAUAAACUGAGCAUGUAAGAUGAGGGACAAAUUCAACUGAUAUCCAUUU